UAAAUCAUACUAAUAUGAACUACAAGUUAAAGCCAAUGAACACGUAAAUUUCUUUUUGUUUUUACUUUCUAUGAAGCAAAUACUUCUUCUUCCACCUCAUUUACGUCUCACACAUGAAUAUUAAUAAUUUUUUCAUGUUUUUGGCUUUAUAUUGAUCAAAGCUCUUUUUACAAGUCUUUCUCAUUCUAUACUGAAAAUUUGAACACAAGAAGAAUCAAAAAGAAUGUUUUCAACGAGAUUCUUGGUAGCUUUUGUGUUGAUCAUAUCAGGAAUCUUUGGAGUUGGUUUGCAUAGUGUUGAAGGAAAGCCUCAAAGGAUUCUUUUGGAUACAGAUGUUGAUACUGAUGAUUUCUUUGCUCUGUUAUAUCUUUUGAAGCUUAACAGAUCAGAAUUUCAAUUGGAGGGAAUUGUUGUGAAUGCAAAUGCUUGGACUAAUGGUGGACAUGCUGUGAAUCAAAUUUAUGAUAUACUUUAUAUGAUGGGGAGAGAUGAUAUAGCAGUUGGAGUGGGAGGUGAGGGUGGAAUACUCCCAAAUGGUACCAUACUUCCAAAUGUUGGUGGAUAUCUACCAAUUAUAGAACAGGGAAUGACGACAACAGGAGGUUGUAGAUAUAGGCAAGCAAUUCCAGUAGGAAGUGGUGGUCGGUUGGAUGUGGAUGCUAAUUAUGGCAUCAGAAAAGCUUUCCUUCCACAGGGGAAAAGGAAAUAUACUCCACUACAACAACCAACUGCUCAACAAGUGUUGAUUGACAAAAUAUCUGCAGGUCCUAUAACUAUAAUUGAGAUUGGAGCACAUACAAAUUUAGCAAUUUUUUUAAUGAAUAAUCCACACUUGAAGAAAAAUGUGGAACAUGUUUACAUUAUGGGUGGUGGUGUAAGGUCAAAAAAUCCAACUGGUUGUUGCCCCAAAAAUGCUUCCUCUUCUUGCACACCAAGACAGUGUGGUGACCAUGGUAAUUUGUUCACAAAUUAUAAUGCAAAUCCUUAUGCAGAGUUUAAUAUAUUUGGAGACCCUUUUGCAGCAUACCAGGUGAUUCAUUCUGGUAUUCCUAUUACCCUUAUUCCUCUUGAUGCAACAAACACAAUCCCCAUCAAUGAAGAAUUUUUUGAUGAAUUUGAAAAGAAUCAAGACACUUAUGAGGCACAAUAUAUUUUCAAGUCAUUGAAAAUGGCCCGUGAUACUUGGUUUGACGAUCAAUUUUAUACGAGUUAUUUUAUGUGGGACUCUUUCACAUGUGGUGUGGCAAUUUCAAUAAUGAGGAACUCUAAUAGAAACAAUGGGGAAAAUGAAUUUGCUGAAAUGGAGUAUAUGAACAUAACUGUGAUUACUUCAAAUAAACCUUAUGGUAUAUCUGAUGGCUCUAAUCCCUUAUUUGAUGGUCUCAAAGUUCCUAAAUUCAAUGUUAAGAAAGGUGGUGUGCAUAGUGGUCAUGUUCAACAAGGACUAAGUGAUCCAUUUUGUUUUGUCAAGAAUGCCAAAGGGAGAUGUCAGGAUGGUUAUACAAGAGAGGAGAAUGGCGAAGACUCAGUGAAGGUACUUGUUGCCACAAAAGCAAAGCCUAACAAGGAUGUAAAGAGCUCACUUGACAAAGAAUUCUUCAAAAGCUUCUUAAAUACUCUAAAGCAGCCACAACAUGCUGGGAGGUUCAAUUUCACUACACAGUUUCCUUACUAUAAAGAAGUAAUUUACAUACCAAAUUUUCAAAACAAAAUACUUGGUAAGCCUAUUGUGUUUGACAUGGACAUGAGUGCAGGAGAUUUUCUUGCUCUAUUUUACAUCCUUAAAGUUCCUGUUGAAGUCAUCAACCUUAAGGCAAUCAUUGUAAGCCCAACUGGGUGGGCAAAUGCAGCAACAAUUGAUGUGAUCUAUGACUUACUUCACAUGAUGGGUCGCGAUGAUAUCCCCGUUGGUAUAGGUGACUUUUUUGCAAUGAACCAAUCAAACCCAAUGUUUCCACCCGUUGGUGAUUGCAACUAUAUUAAAGCCAUUCCUCACGGAAAUGGUGGCCUUAUUGACUCGGACACUCUCUUUGGACUUGCUCGUGAUUUACCUCGUAGCCCUAGAAGGUACACAGCAGAAAAUUCUGUGAAGUUUGGAGCUCCUAGAGAUACUGAUCAUCCGGAGCUCAGACAACCACUAGCUAUGGAAGUUUGGGAGUCUAUAUUGCAAACAUUGAAACCAGAGUCUAAAAUUACAGUAUUAACCAAUGGACCUUUGACUAAUUUGGCAAAGGUUGUAUCUAUUAAAAACAUAAGUUCUAGAAUUGAGGAGGUUUAUGUAAUGGGAGGACAUAUAAGCAAGAAUGGAAAUCACAAAGGAAAUGUGUUUUCUGUUCCUUCAAAUCAGUAUGCAGAAUUCAAUAUGUUCCUUGAUCCUUUAGCAGCAAAGACUGUGUUUGAAUCAGAAGUUAAUAUCACACUCAUUCCACUGAGUAUUCAGCACAAAGCAAGUUCUUUUUCAAAAACUUUAAAAUACCUCAAAAGAAUAAGAAAAACACCUGAAGCAGUGUUUUCGAAGCGUCUACUGGGGAGGCUACAUGAUUUGAAGAAAAAUCACCAUAGAUAUCAACAUAUGGACACAUUCUUGGGAGAAAUUUUAGGUGCUGUUGUCUUAGGUGAAGAUAAUUCAAGUCUAGAUGCAAAAUUUAAGUCCAAAUAUGUGAAAGUAUUGGCAGAAGGGAUUGAAUCAAGUGAUGGAAAAAUUGUGGUGGAUGAGAAAUAUGGAAAAUUAGUGAGAAUUUUAAGUCAUGUUAAUAGCAAGGAUUAUCAUAAGAUAUAUGCAAAAAGGCUAGGUGAUCUGAAUCAAACAGCUAAGGUAGGAAGCUUCAAAGAACAGAGAAAGAAAUGGAGUCAUCCACAUGAUACAAGUUAAAAUUCAUUUGUUCAUCAUUGUGUAUCUUUUUCUUAUUUUUAUUUUACAAACUAUAUGUUUUAUCCAUUGGUAAAAGUUUAAAGAUAUUUCUAAUAUAUAUAGAGAGAAAAAAAAAAAAAAUAAUAAUUUUAAAAGCAACUUAUAUAUACGCCUUAAAUGGUA